UGCCAAGUAGCGGGCUUCAUUGUCACUACCAUAGGAUGGAUCUUCUCCAUGACUUGCAUGGGCCUGGCUGAGUGGCGCUUUUGGUACAUGGAGAGCAGCUCCGCCCCUCCCCAGGGCUGGCCUGUGUAGGGAUGUGGAAGGUCUGCACUUACCAGUCCAACAACCUCCAGAGCAGAGCCAUAGCGUGUCACCGCUACACCUACAGUGACACCUACCUGCCUCUCAAUAUCCGCAUCACUCAGCACCUGCUGCUGGCUGCCAACCUCCUGGCUCUCUUGGGGAAAGUGCUUACCAUCAUGGGUCUGCAGAGAGUGUGUGUGGCUCAUCUUCAGAAGGAAAACACCUGCAAUCUCUUCUUAGCUUCCGGAGCCCUGAGCAUCAACGCUGGGGUAUUUAUCCUCAUUGUUGAGAUCUGGAACUACCACGCUGUGAUGAAUGAAGAGGGCAUACACUUCCCACCAUCCUUCCACAUGCCCUGCAGGCCCGACCGACAGGAGAUUGGCAGCACAGUCCCCGUGGCAGUUCUGGCUGCCAUCCUGAUACUGCUGAGUGGGCUGUUUACCCUGUCUUACCAGCUUCUCGCCCGACAGCCAAGUGUACCUGAGGCCUCAGAAGUGUGAAAUUCCCAGUUGCAUAGCUUUGCAAAUCCAAAAAGGGAAGUUUAUGGGGGUGCAGUAUUAUCAGGAUGCUCUAGGAAAGAAUUCCCAGGGCUCACAAAGCCAUGUUGAGCAGAAAGUGGGCAUUUGCUGUAUGCCCAAAGUGGGCUCAUUGAUUGGUUAAUGAACUUCAUUA